AUGGCUGGAGUGGACACGGUCUCUACUGCAAUUGCGCUGCACUGCAUCAUGGAUGGAGUACACGUAACGGUGACUAUUGUCGCCGUUCAUGUCUUGGGGCCUAGUAUCCUGGGAACAUGGGGAAGGUCAGAGUUAUACCCUCCAUUGUUUGGUAGGCUUCGGGACCUGGGAUCCGUCAACUUGAAAGCGUUCUGGGGGAGGCUGUGGCAUGAUAUGCUGAAGGGGGGCCUGGUAUGUCCGACUGAAAAGGCCGUUUCGCUGGCACCAAGGCGUUGUGCUCACGAAGGGGCGAUGCAGUCCGCCUUAUGCUUCGUUAUCUCCGCCGUGGUACACGCUGCCGCGACAUAUUCAGUAUCACAGAGUGUGUCAGCUGCCUUUCAAGUGUUUGUUGGAUUCUCCGCCCAGAUAUUGGGCAUAAUGCUUCAGCAGGGCGCACGAUCAGCGUUGUCUCUGAGCGACAGCCAUGGACAGCGGCGAACGGUACAAGCGGCUAGUAAGGUCAUAGAGGUUACGAUUGGAAUUGGCUGGAUAUGGUUAUCGUUUCCAAGUAUCUACAAAGAUCCAGCUCUUCGGGCUGUCACCAACUCCGUAGACCAGCUCGUACUGGCCUGA